AUGGAAAUCGAAUUAAAAGAUGGAAAGUUUAAAGAGUUAAACAAGCUGGAGGAUAAUUUGGAAAACAAAAAUGGGAGAAUGAUAAAGAGAAGAAGAAAUGGAAAAUUGAGAGGGAUAAGUUGGAGGAUGAAAAGAAGAAAUGAGGGACCAGUGAAUGAACUACUAAGAUUGGCAAAAGAAUAUGCAGAGGAUAUAGAGGAUGCUUAUUUGAAGAAGUCACUGGAGAACCCAUUUAUCUUCAAUAUAUCAUUUGAAAAUGGUACUCCCUUGAAUCUUAAUCUCAUGUUAAAGCAUCAUAAAAUUUCCCAUCAGGAUAUGUCAGUUUUCUUGAUUGUUGAUGGAUUACAGACUACUUUACAAGAUGGAGAGGAUUCUCAUAAUAAGACAAUAGAGACCUUGCAAGAUGUGCUUGUCCAUUAUAGGGAUUUGGAUGUUGUCAAUUUUACUGAUCUUGUUAGUGAUGUGCAAACAAAAGCUACUGGAUUGAUACAAGAGAGCUGUAAAACAAACUCCUAUGCCUUAAAGGAUUCAAUGAUGCAAUGUGAAAAUGGGCAGAUCGAUGUGCUUGAGCAUAGACAUUGUAUUAUUAAUUACUGCAAUGCUCCUGCUGGUGAUUCUUUUUGUGGUAUUAGAGUUGAUUCAAAUAGUUAUUACUGCACUGAAAUACACCAAUGCAAGCUGGUGAAGUCAGAUGUGAAUGAUAACAUGUUUAAAAAGGAGCAUCAGAAAGCAGGUGAUGAAAAUGACUAUUUUAUUUUAUUUACUACUGGAAGAUAUACUGCAAACCUCACUUGGCUCUCUGGAGUUGUUGAUAUGGAUGCAUGGGAUGCUUAUUUUGGCUCAUUUUCUGGAAAGGCAUUCAGAUACCCUCCACCUGUUGCUAAUAGAGCUACUUUUUCUGAAUUGACAGGAGUCAACAGAAUUGGGGAAAUUCAAGCCAACAUGAUCAUUCAGAAAUGUCCUUAUAAUAACUUAAAUGAUUGCUAUCAAAAACAAACUCAACUUGGGCUUUAA